ACAAAUCUCAACAAAACCUUCAUCAUGAAGUUAGCCACGCUUCCCGGUUGCGCGGGGUAUCGUACAUGUCAGAUGGUUUAGCGGUAAAAUGAAAACCAUUGACUUCACUUGUGGCGGGACGAAUGACGAUUGGGACUGAAGUGCGCCAGUUUUUUCCUGUGUUUCGUGUCAGUUUCUUGCACGGGAACGUUCCAAAAUUAACCUCAACCAUUAUUUAAUACACGCAUUGAUUGAAUUCGAUUCUACGUUGGUUUUUUGGACGAAAAUCGACUUAACCUGCUGCUUGAACAUCGUGUUAAGUCUAGAUAAGGCCGAAUUAUCGGAGAAAAUUAAAUGAUAAGACUCGCUGUACAGCAACGAAAAGACUGAUUACACCCCCAAUUAAUUUAUUCUUCAAAAUCGCAAAAAUGAGCGAACAUAAGCAGGAAUGCGAAGAUUCGUCGAGAAACAAAGAUGGAAACCAAUACAUGGACAGCGAAUACGGCGACACGAACAAGAUGUCAUUCCAGGAGUUGCUUAAGAUGCACACGAAACAAACAGUUUGGGGUUUUAAAUUCGGUGAGGAAGUGAUGGCGAACACGAAGUUCCGCGACAAGUCGAUCCAGGAGAAGAAGAAGGACGAGGGGGAGCAGAAGGAGUUCACGUUGGAAUCGCAAGACAUGGAAGACAAAGAUGAGCCUGGACCGUCAAAAAUCACGGAACAGAAAACGCCACACUCGCGGACGAGAGCUUCGGUCAGUAGGAGCAGCAAAAGGAAGAGCACCAGACAAAAUGACUUCGUGUCUCCGCAGAAGACUCGCAGGGCGCCUUUGCCUUUGAUGAACUGGGCAGAUAGUAAAGAGGUGUGGCUGUUUAUGGUGUACAAGGAAGAGGCGUCGUUGAAUCUACGCAAUCCUAGGUUGUUUGAAGACUUCUCCAAUUUCAUGCCGCGCAUGAGAGCGAUUCUUCUCGACUGGGUUAUGGAGGUCUGCGAGGUUUACCAUCUGCGGAGGGUCACCUAUUAUUUAAGUGUCGAUUAUUUCGAUCGGUUCUUGUCAAUCCGACCGGACGUUCCUAAGAACCAACUCCAGUUAGUUGGGGUUACUUGUUUGUUCUUGGCUUCUAAACUAGAGGAGAUCUACCCGCCAAAACUAACUGAAUUCUCGUAUGUGUGCGACGGAGCGUGCAGUCCAGAAGAAAUUUUAGCUUGUGAACUGUUAAUUUUGAACAGCUUAGGAUGGGAUUUGAACAUAAUGACACCUAGUGAUUGGCUGAACCUUUACAUGCAAAUACAUUUCCAAGCCCCCAAUGUUACAAGGCAAAAAUUACACAUAGACAUCAACAAACAGUUCCUAUUUCCACAGUAUUCAGGAUAUCAAUUUACUAGAGCAUCACAGUUAUUAGAUAUGUUCUCUUUAGAUCCGGGAUUUUUGAAAUUUAGUUACAGCACGUUAGCUGCUGCCGCAAUGUAUUUUAUGUAUGGCAAAAAAGCUGCUCUGUCAGCCUCAGGCUUGACGUGGAAACAAUUACAACCUUGUGCUGAGUACAUGGCUGUUUUCUACCAUGUAAUAAGAGAUUCUUGCGACCCAAAAUUAAUCUCUUGUAAAGGGGAAAUAGCAGCAGAAGAAGCAGCAAACAGAACAUUAGCAAACAUACGUUUCAACGUGAAGAACUUGGUAAAGGAUGAGAAUCAUUCGUUGCAGACUCAUGUAGUUAACAUGGACUAUUUCGAGAAAUCGGCGAUUAUUAGGCUGGAACAAAUGGGUUUAAAGGUGGAGAAGACGUAUGUGAAAAAAAGGAAGUCGCAAAAGAAUGACGAUAACGAAAAGGAAGAUAUUGACGAUAUUAAUGAAAAGGACUACGUUGAAGUGUGCAUGUACGAUGUUGAAAAAAUGGGAUGUGAGGCCACGUCAUUAAAUGAAGAAAACUUGAAUCUUAUUUCAUCGAGUUCGGAUGCCGAUUUGGUUGUUUCCGAUGACAAAGCUGUUUUAACUUUCGAUGAGAUUCUGGAAGGUAUCGUCAAAUGCAACAAAAAAAAUAUACCUGUACAACUUCAAACUAGUAGGGAAAUGUUAGAAGAAGACUCUGAUCGACAUCAGUACUAGAUUGUAGUUAGCUUUUAAAGACAAAUUCUUUAACAAUGUGAUUUUUCUUUUGGUUUAUUUGUUAAGAGAACUGAUUAAGUUAAAAUGAUAUUCAAAUUUUAUUUAAAUCUAUAAAGGGAACAGUUGUAGAUACUUGGUGAUUUUAUUUUAAUUUUAGGUAUUUACUUGUGAGGUAUAAACAUUUCACAUUAUAGAUAUUAAAUUUUUCGUUGAAAUGUUGACCACUAUUUUAUAGUUAUGUUAAUUUUUGGUAUAAUGCCCCGUGUAUUUAUUUUCUCCGUUUUGUAAUCGAUGACAAUAUGCAUUUUUUAAUGCAGAAGAUUUUUAAGUGUAAAUAUUUAUUUUAAGUAGAAAAAUGUGAUCUCCGUUUUCGUUAAGAAUAAAUGUAUCUAGUAUAUUUAUGUUCUAAACCACUGAUUUUUGUAUUAAUUAUGUAAAGAUAUUUUUGAAUAAAGAAAUUUUUUAACUAA